AUGCCGGGCUAUUCUCGGGACCGGUUCGUCGACCUGUCGGACAGGGAGUCGGACGAACUCAUGUGCGGUAUAUGCUUACAAAUACUGCGGUCACCGGUAGUCACGCCGUGCUGUCGACACGCAUACUGCAGGGCAUGUAUGGGCCAGUGGUUGGCAGUGAACAGCUCGUGUCCUAAUGAUCGACAGCCGCUAAUCGCCAGUGAAUUACAAUAUCCGCAGAGAUUAGCGUGUAAUCUGUUGGCGAGGCUUAGGAUUGGGUGCCAAUUCAGUGCCUACGGGUGCCCACAUGUGCUGGAGUUGCAGUGUUUGGCCCGACACGAGGACUGUUGUCGGUUUAAUUCGGACCGUCGGUGCGCUGAUUGCGGUCAGAAAGUGGGCGUCAGUACUGAAGGGUCGACGACUUGUGAUCGAUUGGACGGACCAGUGGUGGGGCCGCCACUACUACUAGAGCCCCAACAGCUGCCCCUACAACCAGUGGCGCACAACUGUGUGCUUAGUUUGAAACAAUUGAAUGAAUCGCUCGCCGAAGAGGUGUCACAAUUGAAGUGCGAAAUACUUAAACUUAAGGAUCGGAUCAAGACUUUGACGGAUUGUAGGGAUAACUAUGCGCUGCCGCCCGACGACACUCAAUCAGACCACAUAAACCAAGUGCUGGCGUCGGCCCGACAACGGCUCCGACACCCGGAGAUCACGUACUGUUCGCUGGCGUCGGGACUGCGGGCAAAGGCGGUGGACACGUGUCGUGAGGCCAUCACAACGUACGACACGUACGGAGAGAUCGCCGCUUUCAUGAGCCGACAGUUUAAUGAUUGUCACACGAGUAGUGCCGCCGAUAACGGCCCCAAUAAGUGGUAUACAAUGGCACAGGCCGUGCGGUGCGGGGCCGCACUCAUCACUAGCGAUCGGGGUUGGAUUGACAUGAGGUUUGGACAGCUCAGGAUUGCCGUGUUUUGUGUGGCCGGUGUCGGUGCGCCCCUACAGCCUGUUUGA